AUGAUGCGGCCAACUCUCUUUUUGGUGGCGGUCUUGCCAUUCGUUACCCCGGUGUUUUCGAGCGCGGAAACAUGCCAGGAGAUUGCUUCUAAAGUGACAAGCGCAAGCGAUGUCAUCUACGCAUUGCACCCGAAUUUCUUGUCCGAUAUUCAUCACUGGUAUAUAUCAUCAAGCCAGACUCCUUCAUGCGUCUUUGAGCCUGGAUCUGCUGAGGACUUGGCUACCGCCGUGCAAAUCAUCGGUUCUGCUCGAACCCCGUUUGCGGUCAGAUCGGGCGGACAUGCGUCCAAUCCUGGCUUUUCAAGCACGACCGGGGUUCACAUCUCCUUGAACCGCCUGGACCAAGUUGUGCUGUCCGAUGACAACUCCACCGUUACGAUUGGAACGGGACUGACCUGGGUCGAUGUCUACAAGAAGUUGGAGAAGACCGGAUACAACGUUGUUGGCGGGCGAACUGUUGGCCCGGGCAUUGGUGGGUUCACUCUCGGUGGAGGAUUUUCUUGGAAGACCAAUCAAUACGGCUUAACGUGUGAUACGGUCAAAAGCUUUACCUUGGUACUACCGAACGGAACCAUCACUCAAGUCGAUGAGGACAAGCCAGAUCUCUUCUUUGCCUUGAAGGGGGGCCUGAACAGAUUUGGAAUCGUUGUCUCGGCCGAGUUCUACACCCACCAGCAGUCUCCCCAAGUAUACGGUGGUCUGGCGCUAUAUGGAAAUGAUAAGCUCGAUGCCGUUCUCGAAGCCACUGCGAAAUUCGAUGCAGAGAGUUCUGACCCCAAGGCACAAAUUAUCACAACACUCGAGGGCUCGGCUUUGACUGGCACCACGGCAUUGGUGCUUUUCUUCUACGACGGGCCGACCAAGCCGGAAAGUUUCGGGCUCUUUGAUAAUAUCACAGCUACACUUGACACCACGAGAACCCAGACCUUUGCCGAAUUCGUUCAAGGGUUCCCCUCAAAUCUCAUCACUAAUGCCCGUGGCACAUUCCACACGUUUUCCACCUCCAAAUUAACACCCGGCUUCGUGAAUGCGGUUAGGAAUGAGACAGACACUCUCGGCAAAGUCAUGGCAAGUCACAGCGGGACGAGCAUAAGCUACGAUAUCGAGCCCUUCUUGAAGACAUACGGUGAAAAGGCAACGGAUAGCGCUUAUCCGCACGCCAACUCGCCUCUUCCAUUGAACCUGUAUUUUGCUUGGCUUUCGCCCGCCGAUGACGAGUUCUGGUACAAUGCCAUGCGCUCAUCUAUCGAAACUCUGAGGACUUUUGCCAUCAAUGAAGGAAUCUAUUCUUCCGACUUUACGGCCUACCCCAACUACGCGAUUUCGAAUACGACGGCGGAGGACUUGUAUGGAGCCACCAACGCAGAACGCCUCCGUAGCAUUCGAAGCCAAGUUGAUCCGGAUGGUAUCAUGGAGCUAGCAGGUGGAUUCUCGAUUUAG